CAGCCAACAACAACCAGACCAGAACACAAUACAAACACAAAAAAACCUUUCGUCUUUUCGUUCUUUGUCCCAAACACCGGCAAGUUCAUAACUGUAAAAAAAAAAAUCCAUUUUAGCUGAGAAAAUAUGCAAGCUACACCUCUCUUUUAUCCUCCAUUGAGAAACCCAAACCUUAAAUCAUUAUCUUUUUACCACUCUUCCACGUUUUCCACUAGGCCGCCAUUGCCACACCUCGGUUUCUCUCGGUUACUUUCUAAAGACCAUCGUUUUAUCAAGAACUGCAUUGUUUCUAGCCAAGAACUAUCCCAUUUCGACACUGAAAUCACAGCACAAAAUGGUGGGUUUUCGUUGUGCGACCGAGUAAAUGAAGGGGAAGAUGAUAAAAAGUUGGGAACCCAGAAUUUAUGGAGUCAAAUUAAGGAGAUAAUGAAGUUUACAGGACCUGCAACUGGCCUUUGGAUUUGUGGACCAUUGAUGAGUUUAAUUGAUACUGCAGUUAUUGGUCAAGGAAGCUCCAUUGAGCUUGCUGCUUUAGGGCCUGGAACAGUUCUUUGUGAUUAUAUGAGCUAUGUUUUUAUGUUCCUUUCUGUUGCUACUUCCAAUAUGGUUGCCACUUCCCUUGCUAGAGAGGAUAAAAAAGAAGUGCAGCACCAAAUAUCUGUCUUACUUUUUGUUGGUUUGGCUGGUGGCUUAUUCAUGCUUUUCUUCACAAAAUUUUUUGGUUCAUGGGCACUAACAGCAUUUACGGGGCCGAAUAAUGUACAUAUCGUACCGGCAGCAAACACAUACGUUCAGAUUCGUGGCUUGGCAUGGCCGGCGGUUAUUGUCGGAUGGGUUGCUCAAAGUGCAAGUCUCGGCAUGAAAGAUUCUUGGGGACCUUUGAAGGCCUUAGCUAUUGCUAGUGCUAUAAAUGGUGUUGGAGAUAUAGUACUUUGCAGCUUCUUAGGCUAUGGCAUAGCUGGUGCUGCUUGGGCAACAAUGGUGUCACAAGUUGUUGCUGGUUACAUGAUGAUUGAUUCUUUAAACAAGAAAGGAUUUAAUGCAUUUGCAAUCUCGGUUCCGUCCCUCGAUGACCUUAGAACAAUUUUCACAAUCUCUGCCCCGGUUUUCAUAACGAUGAUGGCAAAGGUUGCUUUCUAUGCACUCAUCAUCUAUUUUGCGACAAAUAUGGGCACGUACACCGUGGCUGCUCAUCAGGUCAUGAUCCAAACCUAUUGGAUGUGGACCGUAUGGGGCGAGCCUCUAUCCCAAACUGCACAGUCUUUUAUGCCGGAAUUGCUAUAUGGAAUCAACAGAAAUUUGUCAAAGGCUCGAAUGCUGCUAAAGUCACUUAUCAUCAUCGGAGCUAUCCUUGGACUGAUAUUGGGUAUAGUCGGAACAGCAGUUCCUUGGUUAUUUCCCAAUAUCUUCACAGCCGACCAGAAGGUCAUAGACGAGAUGCACAAAGUGUUGGCACCUUACUUUAUCUCACUAGCCGUGACACCGGCUGCUCUCAGCCUUGAAGGAACAUUGUUGGCAGGGCAUGAUCUUAAAUUCGUUAGCUUAAUGAUGAGUGGAUGCUUCACGUUGGGUGCUAUUGUACUACUGCUGGUGAGCAGUGGUGGAUUCGGUUUGCCGGGCUGCUGGUAUGCCCUCAUAGGAUUUCAAUGGGCUCGGUUUUUUCUUUGUCUACAACGCCUCCUUUCACCUACUGGCAUGCUUUAUUCCGAAGAAUCGAACGAUUAUAAACCCGAGAUGCUAAAAGUUGCUUAGUGUACCAUUUGCAAAGACAUUGAAUCACUGCAAUCUCAGCCUGUGCUUUAAUAUUGGCUGCUUAUAUGAUUCUUUUCAUUAAUGCCUCUAAGAGGCUGCUGUUACAGAUUUUAUAUUUUUAAAUUUUCAACAGCAAAUUGUAACUGUAAAAUCUUAAUCUAAUUUAAUUUAUGUAAUCAUUUGUUGAAGAAGUUAGAAACUGAGCUGGAUACGGCUUGUUUUAUCAUUACGAUUAUAAAUGAACCGAAUUUGAAAGAAUAAAUUUAUGUUCAUGUUUGUUUAUUUA